CGGGGGCCAGCGCGGGCCGGGCCAGGCCUGGGAGCAGAGCGCGGGCGGAGCUGCAGCCCCGGAGGGAGGAGCAGAAAGCCCCGCCCAGGGCGGAGAGGUUCGGCUGGUUCGCGGAAACGAAAGUGCAAGCACCGCAGCGUGCGGGGCACGGGACCCGGGCUGCAGGAAGCCAGGCCCGCCGGGCCCUCGGUCCUUCAUGGAGCCCAAGCCAGCGCUAGGGACCCUCAGCUCGGCCCUCUCCGCCCUCCUGGAGGACCAGGCCAGGCUGAAGAAGAGGCUGCGGGAGCUCCAGCAGCUGAAAAGGGAGGCCAGGGUCACCCCCAAACUCAAGGUCCCGUUCCCGGUGCCCGAGGUCCCCCUGGAGUUCCGGGGACGCACCGAGCAGGCCCAGGAAGCGGCCAGGUCCGUGGUCUCCAAGCUGCGUAUCUGCUGUCCUCUCCCGGGGGGCUCUGCCCUGGUGACCUUCGAUGACCCGAAAGUGGCCAAGCAGGUGCUGCGACAGGAGCUGCACCAGGUGGCCCUGGAGGAGUGCCGCCUGCGGGUGCGCGUGCGGCCGCUGGAGCUGCCCGUGGUGCCUGGCGUGCAGGUGGCGAGCGCGGCCAGCAGGAAGCACGUGCUGGUGAGCGGGCUGCCGGCAGGGCUGGCGCUGCCCGAGGAGGCGCUGCUGGACAAGCUGGAGCUCUUCUUCGGCAAGGCCCGGCACGGCGGCGGCGACGUGGACACCCGAGAGCUGCUGACGGGCGGCGCUGUGCUGGGCUUUGCUGACGAGGGGGUGGCCCAACACCUGUGCCAGGUCGGCCAGUUCCAGGUGCCACUGGGGGGCCAGCAGGUGCCACUGAGAGUCACCCCCUACAUGAAUGGGGUCAUCCAGGAGGCCAAGAUCCGAUGGCAGCCAGUGCCCUGCUCGGUGCUGGUACUGGGCAUCCCUGACGUCCUGGACGGCCCUGAGCUGCGAGACGUCCUGGAAGUCCACUUCCAGAAGCCCACGUGCGGCGGUGGAGAGGUGGCCGCGGUGGCCGUGGUGCCCCCUGGGGAGCGGGGCCUGGCCGUGUUCACCCUGGGGUCGGGCUAGGGCCGGGAGCAGUAAAGUGUGUGCCGCGCGGCCGGUGUCCUGUUUGGCUCCUUGAGGGACACAGACAAAACGCAGCUGGGGUGCGGCGGGAGGGAGCACACGUGACUGGGUUUGGCUUUUUACUGACACAAACACAGAGGCAGUGGUGGGGUGCAGCCCAUGAGCCACCUCCUCCCUGGCCACCGCGCGGGGGCAGCAGCCCCACCUCAGCUGCCCUGCCUCCUGCUCGCUGUCUCCAUGACGACAAAGCUUGGAGCUCAGCUGCAAGCCACGUCCCUGCCCGUAAAGGACAGGGCCCCGACUGCCACCCGUACCCAGUGGGGAAAGCUGCCUGCCUCUGCCUCCUCCAGCGCUGGCCAGGACAGGCGCAGAGGCGUCAGGCCCGCCCUGCACGGAGUCUGCAGCCGGGCGGACGGGGGAAGGAAGCCAGCUCCUGGGGCGGAAAGCACUGGGGGUGAGGCGGGGCGAGGCGGGGCGAGGCGGGGCGAGGACGGGACCCCACCUCGCAGCACAGGUUCCGGCACGAAGGCACCCAGGGCAGACUGCAAGGCCUCAGUGGCAGGCGGGCAUGGGACCCCAGACUCGGGCCGUGCCUAGGCCGGGGCUGGCUCCUGGCACCCGGAAGAGGCAGCCUCGAGGCCCGGAGGUGGACAUGUCCAGUUGUGCUUAAGCAGCUGGGGGCUGAUGGGCAGCAGGGGUGGGCACAUGCUGGACUUGGGCGGGGCUGGAGGAAAGUCGAGGCAGGGCAGGGGCACACAGGACAGACGGGAGCGUUAACCUUGGCACGAAAGCAGCGCAGGGGCGGGGACCGGAAGCGGCAGCCUCCCUCCCUGCCCUGUCCUCUGGCAGGGCCCAGACCUCCAAGUGGUCACUUCCCAGCUCCUGCGUGGGUGGGAAGGGCUGGGGCAGGGAGGCUGGUGCCGCCUCUGGGUCCCAUCCCCGCGGCCCUGGGCCCACACUAGUCCUUCUCUGGCCCAGGCACCAGGAUGACCUUGCCCACGUUCUUCUUCUCCUGCAACUGCUUCAUGGCGUCCACCACCUGGAACGGGAGAGGAAGCUUUGCUCCCGACGCCAUCCGGCCCCCAAGAGCCAGCUCGGAGGGAUCCCCAUAUCCUGCCCCCCAGGAAUUGUCUUUUUUGUGAUAAAACCCAGGGCCUGCACACUGAA